GGAAUGCUCAGUGAUUUUCAGCGAGAAAUGCCUGUUGAUGAUACCUCUUCGACGAGCCGCACGUACCCCAAUUUAGGGCUGCCCGAGAGAAGACGUUGCUGAUGCGUGGUACGAAGGCCCGUCGAACAGCUGGGACCUUGCCGCAAAGAAUGCAUCUGGUAACAUCGCAAGGAACAGGCGGAUUGAGUAAACGUCUCACCCUCGAAAUACCAUCAGCAGAUUAGCCCACCAAUGCGCCGAGCAUUUACAAGACUAUAUUUAGUAUUCUUCUGAGGAUGGUCUACGGAGUAACGCUGGAUAAUAAUGGCAGAAGCACAGAUUACUCUUCAAACCAGGCAGCUAGGUCCAGUACUCUCGGGCCCCAUUCCAUCAACGUUCACCUUGGAAUUUUCUAUGAAUGCUACUGGUCGGCGCUGCCAGAAAGAGAUGCUCCGAGAGACACUGAAUGAUCACGAUGGAUUUUCAGGCCCAAGAUGACUACGACUCCAACAACUUUGGUCAGCCACUCUGGAUCCGAAUAAAUCUAAAGGAUCCCCAGUAAGCUGCGCUCGCCUCUAACCUAUCUCUCCAGAACUGGCGAACAGCAGACAAUGUCCAACAUGUUUGCUUCAAAGGAGACCAAGGCCUGGAGGGGAUAUCAAACGACAUGGAAAAGCACUCCAUCCUACACCACCGCCUCCCAGGCCAUUGGAGACAUCAUUACACGACGCUAUCGAGAGAGACAGCUGCCGUCCAUCAAGCGAUGUGUCAUCGUCGGCCCAGGCCAACUCUCGAUCCCCAAAUCUCUACCCGGAAUGACAAGCGUGGGCAAUGUGGACUUAUUCUAUCUUGCCAUCUUCCUCUGCCUGAGAGACCUAAUCGCAACGAAGCAAGCCCCCUUCACCAAGGACAAACCCCUCGGCCUCGCAUAUGCCGGCGACUACCGAGGCGUCGACGAGGGUGUCUUGAGAAGCGCCAAUGUCCAGGUCAUCACCGCGCUCGAUGCGUCGAGUAUCACCGAGUCGUUCGUGUACAUCAGACGCGCACCGCCCGAACAGAUCGCGCAGAUCCUCAACUUGCAACCGGGCAUCAUCUUCUGGGAUAAAAUGAUCGCACCGCAAACAUUCACACCACAACUUCAGCCCAUGAUCUCCAAGUUCUUGGACGGAGCCCAGUCUCCGAUCCCGAUACCUCUGACCGCGGGAGAAAAACGCAGCGACACACCGCCAUACUGGCAAUUCACAAGACCGUCAUACCUACAAUGGCGCUUGCCAGGCACGCUGUCGCCCCCGGAAUAUUCGGACCCUGCGAUGACUGUGGAUGAUUUGAAGGACCCCAGAACUGGCCGACUCAACAAUGAGCCGACUCUGCGCGGUACUCAGGCUCCGACGGCAAAUGGGCCGGGAGGUCGUCAUCCGAAUCCGUUGAUGCUUCGACGAUUCAAUCCCAGAGCCCAGGACUUUCAGGAGGAGACUCCCGAGAACGGUACUCCGACGGCCGUUCCCAGGUUUCGGGCCCGGGACUCGCCUCACACUACGACUUUGCCGCGACCGCCUAUCAUGAAAGACUAA